CAUUGCACAACUGCAUUCCUAGAUCUCCCCUCUCCAUCUCUGGGUUGAGGUCCCUGGAUCAGCUCAGCAGGCAUUGAUCCCCUGGACUCUUCUCUCUACUGUUCCUCUCCUUUGCUAACUUAAAUGUACUGAUUUGCUUUGCAAUGUGGUGGGGCUGCCUGCUGGCUUUGAAGCCUCGCCCCUAGCUAGCUCCCAUCCAAUCACAGUCCUUCCUUCCGGGGGCUGGGCUAAAGGGCUGCACUCCAAGCUGCUAGCUCUGCCACUACGCUCCCAACCGGGAUGAUGCUCUGUUGCUGCUGUUGCCACUGCCAGCGACUACCCUGUGCGGUGGGGCUGUUGCUGCUGUUACUACCACUGGUCCUUGUAUCUUCCCUAGAGGCAGCUGCUGUGGGCCCAGGUGGCUGUGACAACAUAUACCAGGGCUUUGGGGAGUGUCUCAUCCGCUUCGGGGACAACAUGGGCCACGGAGGCAAGCUGGAGACUGUCUGCAGGUCUUGGAGUGACUUCCACAUCUGUGCCUCUCAAGUCCUGUCAGGCUGCCCAAAGGAGGCGGUUGCUGUGUGGAAGUUACUACAGCAAGAAGCUCGCCGGACUCCGCACCCAGAUAACUUGCACACUCUGUGUGGUACCCCUGUGCACCUCUGGGAGCCUGGUGCAGGCCCCGAGACCAACCAGGAGACACUGAGGGCAACAGCAACAGCAACAGCCCCUGCACCCCUGCUGCUGGCUGCUGCUCUGGCAUUUGUUUGCCUUCUGGGGCCUCUGGCCUAG